GACCUACCAAUACGCAAGCGCAUGUGUUAGUGGCUACUUCCGGUUGUUGGAGAGCAAGACUGGGAGACAAAUAGAGAAAAUACCUUGUUCAAAAUAGGGUCUACGAUGUCUAGGGUGAGAAGAGCCAGUCACGCUGGCAGUUGGUACACUAGUUCAGCUAGUGAACUCAAUGCCCAGCUGGAGGGCUGGCUAAACCAAGCCAGCCCAGUCCAUUGGCCUGCAAGAGCCAUUAUUGCACCGCAUGCUGGUUAUUUCUACUGUGGAGCCUGUGGCGGCCAUGCUUACAGACAGGUAGAUCCCACAAAUAUAAAACGGGUGUUCAUCCUAGGUCCAUCUCAUCAUGUCAGGUUAUCAGGGUGUGCUUUAUCAACUACAGAAAAAUAUGAAACUCCUUUGUAUGAUUUACUAUUAGACCAAAAAAUUUAUGAAGAACUGUACAGUACAGGUUCAUUUGAACCCAUGACCAUUGGAACAGAUGAAGGGGAACACAGUAUAGAAAUGCAUUUACCAUAUAUAGCAAAAGUUAUGGAAAGCCGCCAGGGUCAGUUUACCAUUGUUCCUGUCCUAGUGGGUUCUUUAUCCACAGACAAGGAAAGACACUAUGGACAGAUAUUCAGCCGGUUUCUAGCAGAUCCAGAGAAUCUCUUUGUAAUUUCUUCAGACUUCUGUCACUGGGGCAAGCGCUUCCAUUAUACUCACUAUGACAAAUCGUGUGGUGAUAUAUGGCAAUCUAUAGAGACUUUAGACAGGAAGGGGAUGGACCUGAUUGAAAGUUUGAAUCCUAUGGCCUUCGCAGAGUAUCUCAGGAAGUUUGGCAACACAAUCUGUGGAAGACAUCCCAUUGGGGUGUUAUUAAAUGCUGUAGAUGCCUUAAAGAAGCACUCCAAUGGGCGCACAAUGUCUAUGAAGUUUGUACAAUAUGCCCAGUCAAACCAGUGCCACUCAACCUCCGAUUCAUCAGUUAGUUAUGCAUCUGCCUCACUUGUGUUAAGAUAGUCCUCAGUUUAUUUGAUUUCAUCUCUUUUCACAACCCCAAACUCUUGGAUUUCAACACAGGCUGGUUUCAGAAGGGAAAAAAAUGGGUAACAGUGGAUAAAGGGUCAAUGAAAUUAACUUGAAUUACAGUUCAGAACAUAUAAAUAUCCUGAUGUCAUCAUGGAGUUCUGAUGGAUUUCAACAUCCAAGUCUGAAUUUACAAGGUUGUAGGAAAGCAGUGGGGCUUGACUAAAUGCAAUGAUUUAUAGGACUUUGUGUCGAAUAUGGUGUCCUCAUCUGAAGAUUUAUUCAUAGAAGAAAAUUUCAGAAAAUUAAAGUGCAGAGAAAAAUGCACAGGGCACAAAAAGAAAGGUGUAGUGGAAUUGUAUGCUACAUGUGUGCAGAUAACAGCAGCAAGUAUCAAGAGGA